AAAAGAGAGCGACCUUGUUGGGUUACGAGCUAUCUCUCAUUCUGCUCGCAUUCGUACAAUUUCUCCUCUCCCCUCUUCCGCCUUGCGCCUUGAGUACUCCUCUCUCUCUCUGCAUUCUCAGAAGUAGAACAAGUACCCACCGUGAGCGCUCCUUUGCUUGUUUCUGAGCUUCAGCCAAGCGGGGCCCGAGUGAGUGAGUGAGUUAUUGCAGGGUGUGUGUGUAUCAGGGGAAUGUGGGCUUUGGUGACGCAGAGCAUCGGAAACUCUUGUUCGUCAAUCUGCUCUUGGUAGUUCAGUCUUAGUGCAUUGGAGGUGGAAGAUUUCAAGCUCUGAGAGCAAUUAGGACUCGCAGUCGGUGUAAUUUGGAAGUUCCGGGCUGCUAACGCUCUCUGCAUUGCCACCCGUACUCUGAUCGCCUGGUUAGAGAGAUCGUCUCGGUUCGUUUUGUGAAUUGGCCUUUGAGAGCUUGUAGGCGAGGAAUUUUCCGUCGCUAAAUCAGGUCCUGGGAACAAUGCGCAGCACUGCAUGCAAGCAGUUUGGUGACAUGGAUUGCUUUCCAACGCACUGAAAUUGGAGAAGAAAACCUCUCGCGCUCAUCCCGUCGUGCUGCCACAACACGCUUGAUUCACAUUCUGCUUCACAUUCUGCUCGAACACGUCUCUGGUGUUUACAACAAGUCAAACUGGCUAUCGAAUCUGCUCCCCUCCGCCAAACCACUAGUCAUUCGAAGACUAGGAGGACCUUGAAGAAUAUGAGUGCGCCAAUCGCCGAUACUCUCAGCCACGAGCACAGUGAAUUGCAUCCGGACUGGUUGAUUCCCUUGUUGAGCACUACAUUCUUCAAAUCAUGCCCCGCUCAUGGAGCUUCGGGCAAGAGCGAGUGCAACAUGUACUGUCUCGAUUGCAAGUCCGCGGCUCUUUGCUCCGUGUGCAUUCCCGAGCACAAGGAUCACUACGUCGUCCAGGUUCGCCGCUCCUCGUAUCAUGAUGUCAUAAGGCUCAAUGAGUUGGCGAAGGUGCUGGACGUCACCGGCGUGCAGACUUACAUAAUCAACAGCGCGAGAGUGGUCUUCCUCAACGAACGACCCCAGCCGAGGCCAUCCAAAGGCGUCACCAACCAAUGCGAGAACUGCGAACGAAGCCUACUCGAUUUAUUCCGUUUCUGCUCCCUCGGUUGCAAGCUCGCAGGCAUCAGACGAAACCACGACAUGACGUUCGUGCUACAGACGAGGCAAAGUGGCUCUGGCGCGGAGUUGGACGAUCUAUCUUCUUCGUCGAAGAAGGAGAAGUCGAAGAAGAUCAGCGGCGGCAGUACUCCGACGAGUCAACCGCAAGCGCCUCAGGUGACGGGCACGGAAGCUCAUCUCGAGCCCGAAAUGCACGAGGAAGCCAGCAGUCCGAAGAUGCGGUCGCUGCCGGCUGUGAGCCCGAGUCUCGUGCAAUCUCUCAACGUGGACAUGUCACCGCGGACUCCCCCACCCACCACCACGUUACGGACUGCCAAGAGGCGGAAAGGCAUACCUCACAGAGCGCCGACUGUAUGAGUAAUUUCACCUGGAUUGCUGCUGCCUACGAUGUCUGUACAGAGCAGCAGCAGCAGCAGCAGCAGCAGCAGUGGCCGGAGCUAGGGCCUUGUACAAUUAUUAGUUGAGCCUGAUUUGGAUGUUUCGGACGAGGAUUGGCAACAACCUACAUAUGAGCCUCGCGGAUCAAUCUGAGGCGGCGGUGGUAGUGUCAUCGCAAUCCAGUGUACAAACAAACAAUUCGUUAACUUUACGAUCACGUUGAUUCUCCAAGUGUACGCUAUACACAGGGAAACACAUGUUCUCGCUCUAGGGGGUCGGUGAAUGACAUCGAAUUGCAGAAAUAAUAGUCUCGGAGGUUGCGCUCGGGGAGCAUGUCGUCGUUUCCGGUGAAUGUACAUUGCCACGAUCUUGCAACUCAAACCAAGCGGCACCUCAAGAGUUGCUGCGUGGCCACCUGCUACCCCGAUCAUGUAAAUAAAAUCAAUACCGUUACGAGGACCGCAUCACAGGAUCCGGUCCUCAAGUACAUCGUCUUCAGUGGUUCUAGUCUCUUUUGCCCAAGGUUGGCCGGCAAACUGCUUUUGGAGUACCCCCAUUGUGCGUUGAUCUCGAGCAGUUGGCAUUGCGACCUCGGCAUUUACAGCGAUCUUCAGUAGAUCUGUAGUAGAUAGGCAUAGGCAUCCUUGUUUCUUCCGACUGUGAAGAACACGUCAUUGUGGUUGUGGCGGCCACAACAUCCUGGCAAGCUGCGACAUGUACAAGCCAGUCGUGCAGCCUUUAGAAUGCCCUGAUUGCCAUAGUCGCUCACGAGCUGCCAUUGUAUAAUUACAGUGGAAUUGAUGACAGUUAGAAAUAAGGUUGCUGUCUUGGUAAUCACCAUUAGGAGAAUCGUCACCUUAUGUGUCACCCUUAAUUUGCAUUCUAAUUUGCAUUCUAGGCCACAAUUUCUGCGCGUUUCUAGUGCAGACGGUAGUCUGGUGCAAUAAGCUGUAUAUUACACACGAGCUGUAGAGUCGGAAGUGUUAGUGGGAAUUUUCCUUGUACAGACGUUAAACCCGUGAUAAAGUGUUCACUGUGAAUUAUUAUUG